UCUGACACAGGCAGGAGCUGCAGUGCAGCCAAGCUUCACCCCCUCCCUAAGGGGCACCUCCAUGCCUGCCUGAGCUCUGCACACCUUCAUACAGGGACACCCACCUGGAGACAGGAGAAGGGGUGGCAGUCAGGAUGCCAACCCCAUGAGCAUGGUGUUUUUGGUGGCACAAUGACAGUCCCCCUGCUAAAAAUCGGGGCCGUGCUCAGCACUAUGGCAAUGGUCACCAACUGGAUGUCACAGACGUUGCCAUCACUUGUGGGUCUCAAUGGCACCAGACCUGGUACUUCUGAAAAAAUUACCCUCUUUCCCAGUCCUGAAGAUGGUUGGCAAAUAUAUACAUCAGCGCAAGCACCUGAUGGCAAAUGCAUCUGCACAGUGGUGGCACCGGCACAGACGAGCUGCUCCAGAGACCCUCGGAGUCGACAGCUAAGACAAUUGAUGGAAAAGGUACAGAACAUUUCACAGUCCAUGGAAGUCUUAGAUCUGAGAACAUUUCGAGAUCUACAGUACGUGCGAAACACUGAGUCCUUAAUGAAAGUUCUGGACACAAAGUUGAGGUCCACGGACACCCAGAGAAGUAUCAACGCUAAAAGUUUCCAGGAGCUAAAGGAUAAAAUGAAGCAGCUCUUACCUCUUAUCCCUGUUCUUGACCAAUACAAGUCAGACACCAAGAUGAUUGUCCAGUUAAAGGAGGAAGUGCGAAACCUCUCUAAUGUCCUGCUUGUGAUACAAGAAGAGAUGGGGGCCUAUGAUUAUGAGGAACUGCAGCAGAGGGUCAUGAUUUUGGAAGCCAGGUUGCACUCUUGUAUGCAAAAACUGGGUUGUGGCAAACUCACAGGCGUCAGUAACCCAAUCACGAUACGUGCCUCGGGGUCUCGGUUUGGGUCAUGGAUGACAGAUACUAUGGCUCCCAGUGCAGAUAAUAGGGUCUGGUAUAUGGAUGGUUACCUAAAAGGUCGAAGAGUCCUAGAAUAUCGAAGCCUCAACGACUUUAUCAAGGGUCAGAACUUUGUUCAGCACCUCCUUCCACAUCCUUGGGCUGGCACUGGUCAUGUGGUUUACAAUGGCUCCCUCUAUUACAACAAGUAUCAGAGCAACAUAGUAGUAAAAUAUCACUUCAGGUCCCGUAGUGUCUCCGUCCAGAGGAACCUCAACAACGCUGGCUACAACAACACCUUUCCCUACUCAUGGGGAGGCUUCUCAGACAUAGAUUUCAUGGUAGAUGAAAAUGGGCUAUGGGCUGUUUACACAACCAACCAGAAUGCAGGAAAUAUUGUUGUCAGCAAGUUGGAUCCCCAGACACUCGAGAUCCUCCAGACUUGGGACACCGGAUACCCAAAGCGAAGUGCUGGAGAGUCCUUCAUGAUAUGUGGUACCCUCUAUGUAACCAAUUCUCAUCUAGCUGGAGCCAAGAUCUACUUUGCGUAUUAUACAAAUUCAUCUACUUAUGAGUACACAGAUAUUCCAUUCCAUAACCAGUAUUCACAUAUCUCUAUGUUGGACUACAACCCACGAGAAAGAGUCCUCUACACCUGGAAUAAUGGUCAUCAAGUUCUCUACAAUGUCACUCUGUUCCAUGUUAUAAAGACUUCUGGAGAGUGAUGUAGACUGUAUCAGACAUUCAUCUCACCUAUUUUUGUUAUUUCUUGGUUUAAUUAUUUUUACAGUCUGAUAAUUCCAGUUAUUUCUAUGAAACGCACAGAACACAAAAAGACUUUCACGUGGUUGAGUGAGCAUGGUAUCAAGUAAACUUUUUUUUUCUCUCCGGUGGCAAAUAAAGACAGUAUUUGACAUUG